AUGAAUAAUUUUAUUCUUGAAAUAGAUGGAUUUUAUAAACCUGAAAUAUACUAUACUGAUACUGAUAGUUUAUACAUUUCGUCUAGCAAUUGGGAUAAAUUAAAUAAAGCUGGGUUGGUGUCCGAAAAUGAUUAUUGUAAAAGAAAGAAUGACUAUGGAGAUGGUGGAAUUAUUUUCGGUUUGUAUUUAGCACCAAAAGUUAAAUAUAAUAUCAAUUUGAUUUCUGAUGUUUUACAAGAAAAGAAAACGUUUAAGGGAUACUCUAAUGAUAACAUAACUGUAGAAGAUUAUAUUAAAUUAGCUAGCGGGCAUGAUGUGAAGAAUGAGUUUAAUAAAAGAUGGGAAAAGAGUAUUACUGAUGGAAUAGUUAAUCCAGAUGAAAAACAAACUAAAAAAUUUAGAAGUUAUUUGAAUUUUGUGAAGGGAAAAGAACCAGAUGAUGAAGGAAUCAUGUGGCCUUACAACCACAAAGAUAAGAUGAAUUUGAUGAUUUCGAUUAUCUUACAAAUGUAUCUAAUGAUGAUGAUCCGUUAG